AUGGCCACUUCGAUAGGCCCGGGUCCUCCUCCAUCAAUGGUUGAGACAACGGGGGAUCGUCUGAUAACGGUUCUUGUAGUCGUCGUUUUUUCCGCCAUCAUGUCGCUUUUGGCGCUUGGUUUGAGGAUAUGGUGUCGUUGGUCAAUACACGCACUUGGAUGGGACGACUUUGCUGCAAUAAUGUCUUCGUUAUGUAUAAUGGUAUUUGGUUCUGGGAUACUUGCGUUAAUACCCCUCGGUCUCGGCGAUUCGACGGGACAAAUACCGGCCGACAAGAUGACUGAUUUCUAUAAGUGUGCGUACAUUGCAACCUUCUUCUACGGUCAAGCCCUGUUUUGGGCCAAGAUGUCAUUUGUACUGCUCUACUACAGAAUUGUCUCGCUGUCCCACUGGCGAUGGACCUAUAUCAGUGCGAUGGUCUUUCUGGUCCUUUGGAAUAUCAGUGUUAUCUUGGUAUUUUUCUUAACCUGCAUUCCUAUGACAGCUAUCUGGGAUCCGACAGUAAAAGGGAGAUGUGUGCACCAUAAAAUGGAACUCGGGUAUAUAUGCGCUGGAAUAAGCAUAUUUACCGACUUGGCUGUCGCAGCUCUACCUCUACCUUUUAUCUGGAAUCUCAAUCUCCGUCGUUCACAAAAGAUCGCAUUGUCUGGAGUAUUUCUGUUGGGUUGCUUCUCAAUAGCUCUAAGUAUCGCGAGAAUACGAUGGAUUAAUAUGUGGUCAGAUUCAACAUGGGACAUAGUCCGACCUCAACUCUGGGGCCUUGCAGAGAUCACAUCCGCUCUUAUAUGUGCCUGUGUACCUACCUUCAAGCCUCUGCUUGUUCGACUCAAUACCAUGAGACCGCACUGCCGGAAGACGGACCGGACACCUGCUAUCCGACAUCAGCGUAGUGACGACGAAAUUGGGUUAAACAUGGAUACAAUGACAAAGGUUGCGAGUCAAAGUCAGGAUAGUUAUAAUGAAGAUCCCCAUAGGACAGUGAGGGCGCAGUCGUACGGGACCAAUACGUACAUCGAAGCCAAGCAGCAUCCUUGGAGGAAGUAG